AUGAUUGUGACAGAUGACCGAAGGACAGAAAUGGAAAACCUCAAACGAAUAAGCCUUUUCGGAACGGCCGUAUCCACUUUCUGCAUACUGACAGCUGUUACUAUCGUUCCGAUGGUUUAUAAUUAUGUGCAACACAUAGAAUCCAGCUUACAAUCUGAAAUCGACUUCUGUAGACAUCGCUCGAAUGGUCUUUGGGAGGAGUACUUUGCAGGUGAAGGGAUUAGUAUCAUAAAAGGACGGAACAAACGUGGCACUCAUUACCAACGCGUAAGUAAAUCAAUAAAGCGUCCAUUAUCCGUACAAAUUCGAGCUUCUGAACUUCAUAGUGAAGAAUGGCAAGGUAAUUAUGACAGUUACAGCGCUGAUAAGUCCAGCACUCCUGCAGGAAGUGAUAGUGAACAGGAACCUAUCGACGAAUUUGCCGGAAUAUCUGAAGAAUUAAGUCAAUCGGAAGAGAAUGAAAAUAUGAAUAAGGGCAAUGGAUAUACUGGUGCUACUGACAAUGAUGGGGGUUGUUGUAGCUGUAAAGUUGGUUCUCCUGGAUCAACUGGACCACCUGGAUUAAGAGGGAAGGACGGUAAAGAUGGAAAGCCUGGUCAAGAUGGACUGCCAGGAGUAGAUGCAGGACUUGCUGCACAAUCUAUGUACGAUUUUUGCUUCAGAUGCCCACCAGGACUACCUGGAGAUGUAGGACUGCCAGGACCAAAAGGUCCAAAUGGUCCAGAUGGAGCACCAGGGCCGACGGGGGCAGCGUCAUUACCUGGGUUGCCAGGAGCAUGUGGACCGCCUGGGCCAGUUGGUAUUCCAGGGCCUCCUGGGCCUCGUGGUCAUUCUGGCCCACCGGGGGAAAUUAUUAAAACACUUGGGCCUCCUGGACCGCCGGGUUUACCAGGGCCAAAGGGUUUGCCCGGUCCAAUGGGAGAAAAAGGAAUGAAUGGUAAAAAGGGACAGCCCGGUCCUCAAGGAUCGCAAGGAAAAAAGGGUAAAAACGGUUAUGCAGGUAAAGAAGGAGAGAAAGGAGAUCAAGGUAUAGCAGGAGAAAGAGGUCUAAGUGGCAGUUGUGAUCACUGUCCAGUACCGCGAACCCCUCCAGGGUAUUAA